AUGAGCAAAGUUGCUGACGAGUACGAGAUCAAAUACACACUUUCAGCUAGGAUCAUUGGCAGUCGUGGCGUUCGAGACCCGCUGCAGACAACCACCCACAAUGUCAUAUUUGUUCCUGAAACCAUUUCCCCAUUUGACACGGUCGAUCCAAACGCGCGCUACAGGUUUUGCGACAACGCGCUUGAUCACAGUGGCUCAUGGGUGUACCAUUUGCAGGCAAUGGGAAUACAGCAGGCAUUUGCUCCUGGUGACAGCGUCGAUUUCCAGCUCCGGCUGACUGGGAACCGCACGCUUCGCAAGGCGCAGUAUGUAUUGGUUGAGCAGACAGACUGCUUCUAUCCGCAACUCCCGAGUGACCCAAGCGAGGAGCUGAUGGACUUGGGCAGACGACUCUGGUCAACCGAGCGACUGCUAUCGACAGCCUCCGACAUGUACUUUGGACGCGACAGUGUUGUUGUCCCAGACCUUUGCGCUGAGCAUAUGAACAGCCGACGGGCACGGGGUGGAUCAACGUACUAUGGCCAUUUGCACACGAUGCUGCCGACAAAUGUGUCAGUCAUGCACGAGACCGGCUAUCUGCGCAUUACAUACUAUGUUUUGCUGACUCUGCAUUCAAGCUCGAACUGGGGGCAGACAAAGCGGGCACAAGUGCGCAUUCCAAUUCCUGUUGCGUCCCGGGUGCUCCCAGACAAUGCCAGCCCCGAGUCUCGCUUCACAAUUGCCUCACCGCCAAUAUACAGCAAACGCUCCAGCAUCUACUCAUUUGCGCGUCGCGAGCCAUCGACCAGCUCUAGGACAGAUGCUGACACGAUCCUCGAACCUGCAUGGGGUGCCGAGGAUCCAAGUCUUCGCCGAGGACGGAGUAUUGUUGAUUUGGGCAACAAGCUAAACCAGUUUAUUCCACGCAGGACAGUUUCUGGAAUGGGGCAUCUCACCACGCUGUCGACGCCGCGUAUCAUGUCUGUGGCUCGUCUUGAGCCCUCAUGGAGCGUUGCUGAUCUGCUCUCAGGUCUGCCGGCGUCGACUGGACAGCCUCGGCUUGUUUCGGCGACUCGCCAUCUCCACGCACUUCCGCAGCUGCCUGCACCGCCGCCCCAUGGCUGCUAUUACUCGAAAACCUUCCUGUCCCGUUUGCGCGAAUUCUAUCACAUCGAUGCUGACCGUGCAGGGCUGCGCUGCCUUAUCAGCGGCAUCGAGCCGGAUCCGAAUGACGUGAUACCAAAUGGUGUACCCAGGUCAACUCCGCAGCAAGGGAGCGGCCAGCGCGCAUCCUGCCAUCGAGUGUCGGUGCUGUCCAUGUCAGCUGGCUCUGACCGUAUCCGACCCAAGCUGGAGGCAGUUAUGACGUCUUUCAAAAAUACAGAUGGCCAUGUGUCGACCUGGUCGGCGCUUCCGCGCAGAGCGUCUACCAUUGGCAAGCGCUCAACGAUGAUGUCGGGGAUCUCACUCGAGUCAAACGACACGGCAUAUAUACCAAACGCAGCGACGCUAAAGGGAACGUCGCCGUCACUGCCUGCCACUCCGUUGCACCCACUUUUAAUGAUCGACAUGAUCAUGGAGUAA